GUAUUUUACUUACUCUGAGAGUUGAUACAGUGGAACUGACUAGUUUUCGCAGUUCAUUAUCGAGAAUAUCCUGAUCACAAUGAGAGGCAUCACAGCAGUGUUCCUCGCCGCCUGUGCCCUGGUGCGGGCCCAGAGCGGGGACGGGGAGCAAGGUAUCAUCCCUGACAGCGUGGUCAUCGCCUGUCCACUGGAAGAGGCCGAGGACUCCCUGGUGACCAUCCUGAAGAACCCGUCCGACUGCUCCAAGUUCUACAAGUGCGACCACGGACUGCCCGUCGAGAAGAGCUGCCCCAAAGGACUGCUGUUCAACGACAAACUCAAGGUCUGCGACUAUCCGCAAAACGUAGACUGCAGCGAGGUGUCAACGGUGGCUCCUGCGGCGUCCACAGAGCCCCCCACCACGACGACGGAGAAACCCGCCGCGCCCGCCAGCCCCUGCCCCGCCGAGGACCCGCAGCACGGCGAGGCAGUCAUCGUCGCCGACCCCGACGACGCCUCCAGCUUCUUCAUCUGCAGCUGGGGGGUGGCGUACCGCCAGCGGUGCGCGCCAGGCCUGGUCUUCAGCAGCUCUCUGAGGGUGUGCGACUGGCCGGAGACGGUCGCCGAGGUGCCGACCACGACGACAGCCAAGCCCGCGCCCCAGGUCUCCUGCCCCGCGGACCAGGAGCAGGGCGGCCGGGUCGUGAUACUCGCCAACGAGGCGGACAACACCAGCUUCUACAAGUGCAGCUGGGGGGUGCCGCACCUCUUCAGAUGCCCGCUGGGGCUGGUCUUCAACGACGAGCUCAAAGUGUGCGACUGGCCUUACAAUGUUAGAGACUGCCCGACAGGUACCUCCCACUGUGCUGCAGGCAUCACAGCAGUGUUCGUCGCCGCCUGUGCCCUGGUGCGGGCCCAGAGCGGGGACGGGGAGCAAGGUAUCAUCCCUGACAGCGUGGUCAUCGCCUGUCCACUGAAAGAGGCCGAGGACUCCCUGGUGACCAUCCUGAAACACCCAUCCGACUGCUCCAAGUUCUACAAGUGCGACCACGGACUGCCGGUCGAGAAGAGCUGCCCCAAAGGACUGCUGUUCAACGACAAACUCAAGGUCUGCGACUAUCCGCAAAACGUAGACUGCAGCGAGGCGUCAACGGUGGCUCCUGAGGCCUCCACAGAGCCCCCCAUCACGACGACGGAGAAACCCGCCGCGCCCGCCCGCCUCUGCCCCGCCGAGGACCCGCAGCACGGCGAGGCAGUCAUCGUCGCCGACCCCGACGACGCCUCCAGCUUCUUCAUCUGCAGCUGGGGGGUGGCGUACCGCCAGCGGUGCGCGCCAGGCCUGGUCUUCAGCAGCUCUCUGAGGGUGUGCGUCUGGCCGGAGACGGUCGCCGAGGUGCCGACCACGACGACAGCCAAGCCCGCACCCCAGGUCUCCUGCCCCGCGGACCAGGAGCAGGGCGGCCGGGUCGUGAUACUCGCCAACGAGGCGGACAACACCAGCUUCUACAAGUGCAGCUGGGGGGUGCCGCACCUCUUCAGAUGCCCGCUGGGGCUGGUCUUCAACGACGAGCUCAAAGUGUGCGACUGGCCUUAGUGAGCAAGCGCCAUGUCCACAAAUCCGUGCAUAAAGUACAACGUAUUGCAUUAGGUACUUAGGAAGACAUGCUGUACAGGUGAAGUGGUGUAUCUAACUCAUGAACUAAAAAAGUUAGAUAAAAUUUAAUCCUUGUAAAUACUUUAUCAACAGAACAUCUUCCCCGAUGUAAUAUCCAUUGUUAUAUGAACCAGGAAUGAUUAAAAUAGUAAGUUUAAAUCGUA